AUGUUGCAGAUUGGGGAGGACGUGGACCGUCUGCUCAUCCCUCGCGAGGUCCGCCUGGCGGGGGGUGUCUGGCGAGUCAUCUCCAAGCCCGCCACCAAGGAGGCGGAAUUCCGAGAGCGCCUGACCCAGUUCCUGGAGGAAGAAGGCCGCAGCCUGGAGGACGUGGCUCGCAUCAUUGAGAAGAGCACCCCGCACCCGUCCCAGCCCCCCAAAAAGCCCAAGGAGCCCCGAGCGCGGAGAAGAAUCCAGCAGAUGGUGACGCCUCCGCCCCGGCUGGUCGUGGGCACCUAUGACAGUAGCAACGGUAGUGACAGCGAGUUCAGCGACUUCGAGACCUCCAGGGACAAGGGCGGCCGCGGCGCGGGCCAGGCCCGGGCCCGGAGGGUUCGCAAAAUGCCCGUCAGUUACCUGGGCAGCAAGUUCCUGGGGAGUGACCAGGAGAGCGAGGACGAUGAGGAGCUGGUGGACGCCUUCCUGCGGCGAGGGGAGAAGAAGGCCGGCGCGGCCCCUGCCCGCCGCCGGGUGGCCGUGCCCGUCCCCGUGGUGGAGGACCACCCGCCCCAGCUCUCCAAGGCCGACAGGUGGCGCGAGUAUGCCAGCCAGGUGUCCUGGGGGAAGCUGACGCGCAGGGUGAAGAGCUGGGCGCCCAGGUCCUUCCCGGGGAUGGGCGAGGCGCGCCAGGCCCUGUCGAGGGUGGAGAGGGACAGGGUGUCAGGGCCAGCUGGCACCAGCCAGGGGCAGAGUACAGGAAACGCGGGAGGUGGGCAGGGGGCUUGCACCCCUCCACCACGAUGGAGGCCCAAGAUCAGCUGGGCCUCCUUGAGGCGUCGCAGGAGGGAGGAGGCAGCUCAGGGGGCAGAAGUCGCAGGUGACCUGGUGGCAGAGGUCCCGGGUGACCAGGUGGCAGGGGUCCCGGGAGACCAGGUGGCAGGGGUCCCGGGAGACCAGGUGGCAGAGGUCCCGGGAGACCAGGUGGCAGGGGUCCCGGGUGACCAGGUGGCAGGGGUCCCGGGUGACCAGGUGGCAGGGGUCUCGGGUGACCAGGUGGCAGGGGUCCCGGGUGACCAGGUGGCAGGGGUCCCGGGAGACCAGGUGGCAGGGGUCCCGGGUGACCAGGUGGCAGGGGUCCCGGGUGACCAGGUGGCAGGGGUCUCGGGUGACCAGAGGGCAGAUGUUGCAGCUAUGCAGGGGGGCCCAGAGACAACCCCAGGAGCCAGGGCCCGGAAACAGGUCAAAACAGUGAGGUUCCAGACCCCAGGACGUUUUUCAUGGUUUCGCAAGCGCCGGAGAGCCUUCUGGCACACCCCUAGGCUGCCAACGCUGCCCAAGAGAGCCCCCAAGGCAGGCGAGGCCAGGAGCCUCCGGGUGCUGGGAGCCGAGGCCAGCGCAGACUCGGAGCAGGGAGAAAGAGAACACCAGCUGUGA